AUGGGCCGGAAAAGAAAGUCCAGUCGACGUAUGAGGGAGUCUGAUGAUUCAGAGCAUAGUGAAUCAGGUUCACUAGUGCGAAGAAGGCAUAAGUCGCGACGACGCUAUAACAAGUCGCAAACUCGUGAUUCAUCGAGUGGCUCUGAUGUACCGCGACACUGUAGAGUAUCAAAGAAGCGCCGUAAAUCCAGGAGGUGUUCUGAAACGCCUCAAAGGCGUACUGUACCGCGGGGUCAUAAUGGUACCCCGGAUCCUGGCACGACUCAAAGGCGUAAUGUAUCACGGGGCCGUGAUGUUACUCGAGAUCCUGGCACGCCUCCAAGGCGUGAUGUAUUGCGAAACCAUGAAGAGUAUCAAAAUCCUGAGGAGCUGCAAAGUACACACCUUCUUCAAAAUGAAUAUGCAGCGGGGACGUCACAGCCUGCUACUAUACCAGCAGUAACACCAACCGUGAGUGCACCUCAAAUUAAUGUUAGUACUGAUUUUAAUGCUAACGUUUUAGCCUUGGCCUUCAAGGAGCUUAUUCAGACCAUGAAAACAGAUGGGGAUGAUAGAUCAGUAAGAACUAGUGCAGAAGCAACACAAUUCACAGAACCUGAUAAACUAUUAGUCUAUUUAAGCAAUGUACGAUUAACUAGGAAGCCUGAGAAGCCAAGUCCAUCCAUGCAAGCAGGUAAUAAUGAGAAUAAACAAUCCCGAUCGUUCAAGUCUAAUCAGAAUACGUCUGACGUUAAAAAUAACAGAUCUUAUAGGCUCACUAAAUGUUAUAAUUGUAAGGAAGAAGGACAUCCAUAUUUUCUUUGUAAGAAACCAAUCAUACGCUGCGAGAGUUGCCAUAGAAUUGGUCAUGUAUCUAAUAAUUGUCCGGGAAAAACUGACUCCAAAGCCAACGAAAGCAAUAGUAAAACAGUUUUACGUAUUUCGAAACAACAAGAUAACGAAUCGAAAUAUUUCAAAGUUGCCAAAGUUAAUGGUCAAAAUCUUGAUUGCUACGUUGAUUUUGGAAGCCAAUGUACCAUGUUAAGAGAAUCUUUUGCAAGAAAUUUUGUCAGUACUUGGUCAGUAUCAGAAUUACCAGUUAUAAGAGGAUUUGGAGAUAGUAUAGUGAAUUGUUUAGGCAAAUUUGUUGUUGAACUAGAGAUAGAUUCGGUCAAAGCUUCCGUAGAGGUACUUAUCGUACCAGACCAUCUAUUACAAGUACCUUUGUUAGUUGGGCAAACAUUUACGGAGCAGGAACACAUAGUUGUUUAUAAAAACAAAAAUCAAUUGAAAAUAUCCACUUACCCAACAACCAGUGUUCAAUUGUAUGUUAAAAAUUCAGUAACGGUAAAAGGAUUUACUGUCUUAGAUGUUUAUUCUAAACCAGAUUACACAGGUGACUUAUUUAUUGAACCGAGUCUUUGCCAAGACCCCCAAAACCCGUACGAAAUCUCACAGAGCAUAAUUCGCGUAACUAAUAGUCAUGGUAAUAUUGUUAUAAAGGGACUUGACCCUGAGUUUGUUUUAACGAAAGAUAUGUUGUUGCUUCGAGCAUUGCCUUUAACUGAAUUGAAAUUUGAGUCGCUAAAUGUUAGUAAAAUUGAACACUGCCCUGAUAAUAAUAAUAUAUUCAGAAUCGAAGCAGAGGCUAUACAAGUGGAUAAUUCAAUUGGUCCUGAUAACCCCGAUAACUUGUGGGACGAAUGUGUAUCUGAAAUUCAAUGGGGACUGAAUAAUACUCAGAAUAAGGGUACGGGAAAGAGCCCCGCACAGGCAUUAUUUGGUCUGGACUUGGUAGGUACGUCAGGCUCUUUAUUGCAACUUAGUGUUACAGAUAGUGCUGAUAAUGUUGAUACUCCUAUAGAAGACAUAAGGAGAGAGAUGACAGAGCAAAUAAGAGACAAUCAAGAUAAACAAAAGCAACGGUUUGACAAAAUUAGGAAGGAAGUUACAUAUAAUAUAGGUGACCUAGUCAGAAUAGAAAGAGAAAUUUCAUCAACCGGUAACAGUAGAAAAUUAAUCCCAAAACUUAGAGGUCCGUAUCGUAUAAAAGAAGUUUUAGAUAAUGAUCGUUAUGUUGUUGAAGAUACGCCAUUAUCCAGGAAGGGUAACAGAAAUUUUAGUAGCAUUUUCUCUGUAGACAAAAUUCACCCUUGGAUGGUUUUUAAUAGAGCAGACACAGAGUCUGAAACUUCAAAUAAUGAUGAUGCUGACGAGUUAGAAGUAAGA